AUGAACACAUCACUCACAUAUGGGGAAGACGCUAGGGUCGUUGGGAUCAAAGAACUCAGAGGUGGCGAGGAGAGGAAGAUUCCAUUAUAUUUAGGCGAGUUGGGACAUGUUCAAUUGAAAUUUAGCUAUGUUGACAAUGAAGAUGAAGAACCCGCGAGGACGGAUGAAAUAGUUGUUGGCAUAGCGGACAAAGGAGAUAGAAAUGACAGCACAAAUGACAUUCCCAUACGUGGAAGGACUAGCAGUGUUGAGAGUUAUGAUCCUUUCAUGGCUAGAAGAUUGGCUAAACAUUUGCAUGGCUAUAGCCCAUAG